UCCUUGGCCUCUGUCUUUCCCGCUUUCGCAGCAUGUCCGACCCGAUCAUCGACCGGGCGGAGGUCUCCUCCCCGGACAGAGAUGCGACGAUCCCAGAAGUCGAGUCUUCUUCAGAAAUCGAAGGGCAUGGAAGUCUUGACAGAAAGGAGGAUCGCGUCUCUUCAGAAAACGAAGGCAGACUUCACAAAAGGAGCAAGUAUAACCCGGGAACGGAGUAUAGUAACUUUCCUGGUGGUGGCAAUGGAGAACGUAGCAUUGGCAAACUCUGCGUAUCAAGAACAGAAAUCGGUAGGGGAAGUAAUGGGACAAUCGUCGUCGAGGGCUCUUAUGAAGGUCGGGCUGUUGCGGUAAAACGAAUGGUCCUUGGUCAUCAUGAAAUUGCCUACAACGAGAUUCGGAAUUUGAUGGAAUCUGACAAACAUCCAAAUAUUGUUCGGUAUUAUGGAAUGGAGCAAAACGAUGAUUUCAUGUUUCUUGCUCUAGAGCAUGCUGUUUGCAGCUUAGAGGAUUUAAUUCAAGCAUACUCAGAUUCUCCAAUUAACUCAUUCAAUAAUCCAGCAUUGGUUGGUUAUAAAAAGAAAUUGGAUUCUAUUAGGGUUCGGAUGCAGGAUGUUGAGCUGUGGAGGGCAGAUGGACAUCCCUCACCUUUGUUACUGAAUCUAAUGAGGGGCGUGGUAUCAGGACUUGUCCAUUUGCAUAAUUUGAGAUUGAUCCAUCACGACUUAAGGCCUCAUAAUGUCUUGAUUACUGAGAAUAGAUCAUUAGUUAGCUCAUUAGUUGCUCAGCUAUCUGACAUGGGCAUUACUAAAUGCCUUCCUGAAGAUAAAUUCUCUCUGGAAAGUCCAGCCACUGGAUGUGGAAGCUUGGGAUGGCAAGCACCUGAACAGCUUCUUCAUGAGCAUCAAACACGCGCAAUGGAUAUGUUCAGUUUAGGUUUGGUCUUGUUCUUUUGCAUUACCCGUGGAAGACAUCCAUUUGGUAAACUUCAAGAACGCUGCAUCAAUAUUGAGAACAACAAAAAGGACUUGUUCAGGGUGGAGUUCAUACCAGAAGUUCAUGAUCUGAUUUCACGUUUACUUGAAUGGGAUUAUAAAUUGAGGCCAAAGGCGUCGGAGGUGCUUUGCCAUCCAUUUUUUUGGAGUUCAGAGAUAAGAUUGUCCUUUUUCCGUGACACUAGCGAUAGAAUACAACUGGAGGCUGAAAGGGCACCCAAUUCAAAUUUUUUGAACGAAUUGGAGAGCAAGGCACCACUAGUUUUUGGUAAGAAUUGGGAUGAUAAAAUAGAACCUAUAUUUUUGGCUAACAUUCUCAAAAGCAAUAGGCGCUACAACUAUAGCCGUCUCCGAGACUUACUGCAAGUUGUGCGAAAUAAGUGGAGCCACUACAUAGAGAUUCCAGAAGAAGUUCAGGAGCUCCUCGGACCAGUUCCCGAGGAUUAUUACAAUUACUUCACUAAACGGUUCCCGAGACUCUUGAUGGAGUCAUACGGAGUGGUAUCCCAAUUCUGCAAAGAAGAAGAAGGCUUUCGAAAGUACUUUGAAGUUGAUGCGCUUUGACCCUGAUGUGUGGAAUAUUUAAUAAGUAAUUUCGAAAGCCUUCUUCUUUCUAACAAAAGAAUCUCGUGGGAAGUUAGCCAGGGUCAAAAGCGCAUCAACUUCAAAGUA